GUACCGCCACACCCCGGACAGCUACAAAAUGGUGAAUGGUUCUUAUCUUGACUAAUUAGUAAUGGAGGGUGUGUGCAGCUGUGUGUUGUGAAAUGACUUAUCAGUGAAUAAUGAAACAUAAAUAGCAAUUACUGAUUGUAAAAAAGUACCGAAAUAAGGAUGCUUGUACACAUCACUUUACUCAUUGGGGCCCUUUUGGCCGGGAUUCAAGGACAGAUUCUACAGCAAUUCACACAGAAUCCGUGUGAUUCAAGGUCGACGUGCCAUGAGUGCAUCGCCACCCCCUCAUGUGCCUGGUGCUAUGACACUGUAAACAUAAACACCACGAAACGUUGCUUCCAACCCAGCUACCCCCUGCCCCCUCUCGACAAAUGCGACCCCUCAAAAAUCUACAACCCUGAUAACGAAAUGAUAAUAAUUUCCAACCGCGCCCUGUCCUCCCGAACCGAAGGGGAGGGUGGUACCCUCAUCACGGAGGAAGAACAGACGGGUGGUUUUGGGGGCGGCGGCGGUGCCGGGGGCGGCAUCAAUCAAGGGGGCGGCGCCUGGGAAAGCGGCGGCACAAUCACGCAAGUCAGGCCACAAAGAAUCAAACUUAAACUACGAGCAAGGCAGACGUAUAGUGUCAACAUGUAUUACACGCAAGCUGAGGACUAUCCAGUCGAUCUGUACUACUUGAUGGACUUGAGCAAGUCCAUGGAGGACGAUAAGGAGAAGUUGUCGGCUUUGGGCGACCAUCUGGCACAGACUAUGAGGAACAUGACGUCCAAAUUUAUGCUAGGUUUUGGCAGUUUUGUCGAUAAGGUUGUGAUGCCUUACGUCAGUACCAUUCCAGAGAACUUGCGUAGUCCGUGCCAAGGAUGUGCGGCACCGUACGGCUUUAGGAACAUGAUGACUUUAUCAAGAGACACGUGGCAGUUUUCUCACAUGGUGAAGCGAGCGUCGGUUUCUGGCAAUUUGGACGCCCCAGAGGGCGGUUUCGAUGCCAUUAUGCAAGCUGUAGUGUGCCGUGAACAAAUCGGUUGGAGGGACCAAGCUCGCAGACUUUUAGUUUUCUCAACAGACGCUGGUUUUCAUUACGCUGGGGACGGAAAAUUGGGUGGGAUUGUCAAACCCAACGAUGGGGAGUGUCAUUUGGACCAACGCGGCUACUACACCAUGUCUUCCAAGCAGGACUAUCCCAGCAUCAGUCAGAUAAAUACUUACGUAAAAAAGAACGCUAUUAAUGUGAUUUUUGCGGUCACUGCCGAAAAAAAAGAAAUCUACGAACAGUUGAAGGAGCACAUCGAAGGGUCUUCCUGUGGGAAGUUGUCGAACGAUUCCUCAAACGUGGUCGACUUGAUCACGGAGCAGUACCAAGCGAUUUCAUCGACUGUUCAAAUGAAACACAACGCCUCGGGUUCGGUCAAAGUUCGCUUUUUCUCCAAAUGUCUGGACAGUAAAGGGCGCGAAAUUGAGACAAAUAAAUGUGGGAACAUCAAAGUUGGCAGUCUGGUUCAGUUCCGGGUGCAACUCGAAGUCGUGGAGUGUCCCUCUGAUCCCAGGGACACCAAACAACUCAUCCAGAUUUAUCCCGUGGGACUCAACGAGAGCCUGCUGAUUGACUUGACCAUGCUGUGCGAUUGUCCCUGCGAACACGAGGGAUUCGAGCGAAAUUCGCCCAAAUGCCACAAUCACGGUACCUACAUGUGCGGCAUUUGCGACUGCAUCGAGCCCGCUUACGGCCCCUACUGCGAGUGCAACAAGGACGGCACCUCCGCCAACAUCUCCACCGCCAACUGCAUCAACCCCAAGAACGGGCUGGAGUGCAGCGGUCGCGGCAACUGCAUCUGCGGCAAAUGCGAGUGCGAACAGCGCAACAACCCCGAAGAAGCAAUCAGCGGCGAGUUGUGCCAAUGCGACAACUUCUCCUGCGAGCGCCACAACGGCCUCAUCUGCAGCGGCCCGGAGCACGGCACCUGCGUCUGCGGCGUGUGCGAGUGCAAGGAGGGCUGGAUGGGGGACAACUGCGCCUGCAGGAACGCCACGAAUCUGUGCAUUAAGCCCGACUCGGAGGACCCCACGCUGAUCUGUUCCGGGAAUGGGGAGUGCGAGUGUGGGAUUUGUAAGUGUCGGGAGACGGACGAAGGCCGCUACUUCGGAAGGUUCUGCGAGCAUUGUCCCUUUAAGAACUGCUCCGAUGACUGCGAAAAAUACAAGGAGUGUGUGCAAUGCCAGCAGUACCAAACCGGGAACCUGACCGAGGAGGAGUGCAGGAAGUGUCCCUUCACGCCCACGUCGGCACGGGUUGUUGAAGUUGACGAGAAAAAUGGAGAGGUGCUGUGCCCGUUUUACGACGAGGACGACUGUCGCUUCUCCUUCGUCUACUACUUCGACGAGGAGAACAAGAUCCAAGUGCGGGCGCAGGAAGAGCGCGAGUGUCCCGCCACUGUCUUCCUGCUGGGGAUUGUGCUGGGGGUCAUAGCGGCCGUGGUGCUCCUCGGUAUGGCUAUCCUGCUCCUAUGGAAAUUGUUCACAACAAUACACGAUCGGAGGGAAUUUGCCAAAUUCGAGAAGGAGGCCAUGAUGGCCCGAUGGGAUACGGGCGAGAAUCCCAUCUACAAGCAGGCGACGUCCACGUUCAAAAAUCCGACCUACGCCGGGAAGAGUUAGAUCUGAUUAAAUUAUUUGUAAAUAGUAACCUUCUACUGCCACUUAAUCGAUAGAUGGCGUGCCAUUUAUUAGUUUAGCUGUACUUAAGUCAGUUAGUUGUGAUUCACAUGAGUUUGCCUUGAACGAGCUGCCUUCAAAGACGGGCCUUCUAGAUCUUAAGUGACUAAUUAAGUAUAUUUUUAGAUUUGUGUAUAUUAACGACUGUUAAUUAUUAAUGGAUCUUAUAUUUCGUUUGAUUUUGUAUAAUAAAUUGUUUUAACCAA